AUGGAAACUGUCCUAGAGAUCGCCGAUGCCGACCACCUACACAUUCAAUUCAUGAAACAGAGUAAGUCUUGGGGUUCAGGCAACCCACGAACGUACCUUCCAAGUAUCAAUAACACUUUCUUUGACGCACAUCGAUGUCUAAGUUUUGACAAGCGCAUCACAAUCACCAAAGCUGGAUAUAUCGAGGCAUCAUGUAACGACGAUAUAGGCCGUAACGUCGCUGUCGUUGAGUGGUCUCUAUCAGUCAACAGUGCUUUGAAGAAUACCGAUGAGUUCAAGAUCGAUGGCCGAGAGACCCAGCAGGUACCGCAGCUACAGGGCUGCCCAGGCUCAGUCCUUUGA